CUGCCGCUAAUCAUCCAGCCUUUUCUUUGUCAGCGGUCCCAAGAAUUACGAAGAAUGUGACAAGCACUCUUUUCUGGAUCGCAGUUGGCAUCAUUGCAAGUAGCAGGAAAGAAUCAUAUGGAUUCUCAAGCCAGGGAUAUGAAGAGCAGCAGCUCAGGAUCACUUCUGGACGACAGUGUGUGGUCGCAGCUCCCCGAAGACAUGACUCGCAUAAUUCUCGCGAGGCUACCACUUCCGAAUUUACUCCAGGUUCGUACCGUCUGCAAGAAGUGGGAAGCUACAAUUCGAUCACCUCCUUUCCUCAAGCUGUGCUCGGAUCUUCCGUCCCGCGCACCGUGGUACUUGGGAUUCCACGGCUUCAGGCACGAGCAGGGGUGGGCUUUCGAUCCUAGCUCCAGCAGAUGGUACACUCUCGACUUUACUUUCCUUCCACCUGGGCGCUGCGCUGCUGCCGCUGGAGGCUUGCUGUGCUUCUGCCAGGACAGCGUCCAGGCCAACUCUCUCUACGUUUGCAACCCGAUCACCAAGGUGUGGAGAGCUCUUCCUCGCUUCCCAGGCAGCAUCAAACAGGUGGCUAUGCGUGUCGACAAGGCCGAGGAUACGUACCUGGUGAUAGCCUUCGUCCAGGACGACGUGAAGUGUGGAGCUCUCUUGUACCGCAAAGGCGACGAUUCCUGGCGAGAAGCAGCAGCUAUGGCUUCUCACCCGCAGCUACUAAACAUCGUCGAUGCGGCCUUCUGCGGGGGUGUUCUCUACUGCCUCAACAAGUGCGUGACUCGCGAAUGGCAGUAUAUCCAGUGCUACCACUUCGAACAGGAUGAGUGGAGCGACCUUGGUAUUCCCAUGCCGAGCGCGUUCCGAGGCCAGGAUCUCGUGCAAAUGCCUUACCUGGUUGAUCAUGGAGGAAAGCUGCUCCUGGUGGAGAAGAUCAUUUCAAGCUUCGCAGACAACUCCACCACCUUGGCUGCUGCCGCUGCUCCAAGUCUCGUGGACAAGGCUUUAAAGCCGGCUAUUAAAGCGAGCGUCGGGAUUCACGAGUUGGAUCUGGGAGCUCGAGAGUGGAAGAAUGUGGCCGGGACUCUGGAGCAUACGACUCUGUUCGUGGGAUCCUUCACGUCCAGGGCGGUCUACUGCACAGGUAGUCAGAAGCUGGUUUAUUUCACUAACCACGGCUCUGUAGUGAGCGUGUACGACGCCAUUCAAGACUCCUGGCACCGGCUUCCAGAGUUCCCCCGCCAGAGAAUGAUGUCGAACUGGAUUUUCGGGAAGCCCAAGCGGAACCUCGGCGUCGUGAUCCCGCUCAAGGGGCUCUGGUUUGACCCUCGGCUGGAUUCUACCGUAUAGCCCUUCUCGACUUGUAAGUCUUCCAUGGCUCUCAUGGGCUUUAUGAUGUUUAACGUGUGGUUUCGUCAGGGAAAGUCUUCCACAUCGACUGGUAUGUUUAGACUAUUCCUUUCGAAGUUCUAUAGAAGUUUCAUUGUUUCCAUAUUCGAGCUCCAAACUAUACAAAGAAAAGCCAGUUUAGACUAUUCCUUUCGAAGUUCUUUAGUUCUCAUGAAGUUUCAUUGUUUCUUUCAGGAAACCCUGGUAUAUAUUCGAGCUCGAAACUAUAGAAACGAAGAAAAGCCGGCUAGAGGAUCUUGUUUCAACUCGGCACAGCCAUCGCAUUGGCCGAAAGCAGGAUGACGCAGAUAAGAUAAAGAAUCAGCGCACGCUGGGAUCUCGCUCGAAGUUGACGCGAUUCCGAUGACAAUCAGACACACACUGCACAGAAACCAGACGAAGAAAAGAAUGACAAGCACCGACGCUGCGCUUCUUUUCCAUUUUUCUUUCGUGGGAUGGAUGGAUCGCUCAAUCAGCAGCAGGGGCAGGACCACCGAAAUCAACAAAGCGCACACCACCAACCAGGCCUCGCUUUCUUCCCACAGGACCCCAAAAUCUUCUUUUUCUCUCGUAACAGUGACGGUGGCGGUGCUGUUGCGACGGUGCUCGUUCCAGAAUAGCGAUCGAUCAAAAAACUAAGCGAAGAAAACACCAGAUGAAUCAAGACAAGCCGCAAGCUUUCAAGCCACGAGCUUUCAAUGGUAAAGUGGAAGAGAGAAUCCAGUUUUAACAGCGAGCGAGGGAGCGAGGGAGCGAGGCAGCGAGAGGGAGCGAGCACCCUCCAAAUGUGAAGCAGACAGGACGAAAGAAUCUCACAAACAAAAGGGUCCCAGAUAGCUGUACCAACAAAGCAAGCAAGAGACGCUUGGAUGGAAGUAAGCUUUCUCUUUUAUUUCUCUCUCGCGCUUUGCCUGUAAAGUACAUACUUAGAACGAAUGCCAGGGAGAAAAACUAA